AUGCGCAGUGGCUCCAGCGCUGGUCGCUCCCUCUCCUUCUCCUUGCCCUCGUCCUUCACUUGCAGCGAGCACAAGAGCGACGACGACUCCAAUCCCUCCGCCCGUUGCAACGUCAAUAACAACCACAACCAUAACAACCCACGACGUCAAGCUUCGAGUGCAGCAGUCCCACCAUCACCAGCCGAAGAUCAAGUUAUUGAGCUCUCCGUGUCAUCCGAAGAGCUCCUUCGCUGGAGACGACGACACCAGCAGCAAGCUCAGACUGAACCCAUGCCAUGGCCUGGUCGAACACGUAGCGUCUUGCGUCGAUACUCUCCGCUGGUCCCGCCUGUGGCGCUUCUCAUUGCCUUGGUGGUACUUCUCGUGCAAGAUCAUGCGUACGGUCUUGAUCCACCAGGUUGGUCCGACCCCCAAUUGAUGCACUGGACUUCGUGCUCCCUGGACAAUCCGAUUGCAACUGCGAACAUCCUCUCGGCGCAAUGCGCGACUUUGAUGAUGCCUUUGUGCUAUGAGGGCGCGUGCGAGCAUGAAGAGGACAAUGCGACCAUUGCCGUGUCGUUCAAGCGCAUUGGAGCGAGCAACAACAGCGUGAGUACGCGGACGCUGUGGUUCUUACCCGACCGACCCGACCUUCAGACGCGGGAGGACGUGGAGUUGCAAAUGACGCUGCUGUUCGAAGAUCUUGGUCGAGACGUGGACAUCUACACGCUCGACAUGCGUGGGACGGGGAACAGUACCGCUCUCGCAUGCAGGUCACCGAUUGACGAGUCGCCAUUGCAGACUGCCAUUUUCGCACGAAAUAACGGCGUGCUUGACGUUCGUGAUGUCCAAGUGUGUGUCAACACUUUGCGCGACUUGGGGUACUCGGAUCUCGGUGCGUUUUCGUUAGCGAGUGCUUCUCGAGACAUCGAAGAGGUUGUUCGUCGAUUUCAGUCGAAUUCACAGACCAUUGUGUAUGCGCUUGGCUACGGAUCACUCGUAGCACAGCAUCUCAUGCAUCGGAACGUCUCGCAAGUCCUCGGAUAUGUGCUCGAUGGAGCACUGGGAAGCUCUAGAGGUGCAACUGACUCGGCAGAACUGCGAUCCGUCCCAUACAGACUAUCAAGAAGCGACGAAGACUUUGGCGAGGUCGCUGCGGACUUCUUAGCAUGGUGUCAGCGUGACGGAAAUUGCUCCAUGAUGUUCUCAAACAUGACCUCGAGCACGACUAUACGAGCAAGACUUGUUGAAGUGUACUCCCGACUUGAUACUGAUGCGACUUCCAUGUGCGCUACGAUUCUCACGGACGUCGAGACAAGUAGACGCGGCAAUUCCGCCACGAGUACUGGUACUACUCCUCCAUCGUAUCUGCUGCGUCAACUUCUUGGAUUGAUGACAAAGUCUAAGGUGUUGUGGCCGUUCAUUCCUGUCGUGGUGUACCGCUUCCUUCGUUGCGGUGCCGAGGAUCUGUCGCUCCUCACUCGCUUCGUAACUUCUACCUUUGCGGUUGACGCUAAUGCGAACACUCCGGACCUGCUGUAUGCCAUCCAAGCCUUCAGUGAGCUAUGGGAAUCGCCUUUGCCGGACCAAGUUUUGCUAACCGAACGGUUUACUAACCAAACGAUCAGUUCUGGUAGAAUGUACACUCAGCUGGAGGCUUCCUGCUUGUUCAGGGGCAGCACCUCUGACGCGUGCCUGACAACUUCAUCAUCAACGUUGUCACGUCUUUCGCCGGUCGGAGGUACACUUUCAUACGCUGUGAAGCCAAUGAAUACCAGCGCGAUCGCGCUAUCGUCGGCCAGCGUACUUUUGCUCAGUGGAGGACUGGACGUGGUCUCUCCUCCCAGAUAUUCAUCAGGUCUCUUCGACUCGAUCCAGACAGGAAACAAAGCGCUGCUUGUGGCUCCAUUUAGCUCACAUGGUGUGGUCCAGAACGCUCUCUCGUCAAACGGCAAAGCUUGUGGUCGUCAAGUGCUGGCGUCGUACAUUCUCGCCGGCGGUAAUCUGAGCGCGUACGAUGCAUCGUGUAUGGCCAUGUUAUCAACGCCAAGUCUCGCCAUCUCCCAGACCUUGAGCCAGUUGGUCCUUGGUGUCGACGAUGCGUACGACGGGAUGCUAGUCAAUAAUGGCAGCAGCAUCAGUAUCAGCAACAGCAGCAAGGCUGGCGUCUAUCCAAACAACGGCAGUCGAGACGGUUCGACAGCCUCUGGCUCGACGCUGGACGAGCUACAACAGCAGAUUACGACGCUGGAAGACUCUCGACAGCGAUAUGAAGUUGCUCUCAUUGUUGUGGCGAGCGUUCUCGGGGCAGUCUUGGUCGUGUACGCAGCGGUAAUGUUCUACCGGCACCGUCAGAAGCAGCAGCGAACCCGCGAUGAUUUGGCCACGCUGCGACGCAUGCGCGGAGACGGAGACAGCGAAGUUGAGCUCAUGGGGAGCGUGUAUUUGCUCUCGACUAGCCCCAGAGGAAAUCAGGAGCAGACGCAGAUGGCCGAAGACCGCGCUUGGUCCGGCAGAUCGAUCCAAUGGCAAGAGAUUUGUCCCGCGGGAUCCCAUCCUGAAGAUUGUGAGCUGCUCGGAUCCGGUGCCUGCCUGGCUUCUGAAGCCAUAGGAACGCGACGGAAAAGCUGGUCGCUUGGUGCGACAAUCACCGAGUCGAGCGGUUGUCCUUCCGUCAAACUCGCCUGA